CGUACUAAAACGAUGAAAAGUACUAAAAGGCCCACAACAAUUUUUUUUAACGAAGACGCAACUGUCAAAAAAAUAACAAAAAUAAAAACACAAAAAAAGCAAAUUUUGGACGAUGGCGAUGUGCAUCUACAGAAACUGCACAUCUGUACAGAAACCAUUCUGCAGUUUAGCAUUCUUUUCGUUACCGAAAGACUAUCGUCGUCGACUGUGGAUAGAAAAUUCAGGGAAUCCCGAGCUCUCGACACUGUCUGAGUCGGCCAGACGAGUAGUCUGUCAAAAACAUUUCAGUCCUCAUUCCCUGCGGAUUCAAUUUCACAGAACGACACUAAGCAGGGAUGCUGUGCCGGAGAGAUGGGAUGCUGAUAUAUUAAACAGCUCGUCGGAAUCGUUUGUUGUAGAACCAAUCGAGAUAACAGAUAACGAUGACAUUAAAGAUGAUCCACACGAUAAAUUAAUCUCAAACGAGGAUGAAUAUGCUGACGUAAACGAUUACGAAAACCAUCACAUCGAUGAAGCCGAAGGGAUCGAACUGGUGGAAAUUGAGUCUGAAGAACAUUCACAGUCCGACGAAUACAUGAUGGACAACAUGCUAAAUAGUGAAAUCGAUCAACAAACCAACGGCGAAGAGAUUAUUCUACUCGAAGCACUACCACAUCAAUCACCAACAUAUUUCCACGAAAUUAGAAUCGAAAAACCAGACAUGAAAAUAGAAACAACGUCUGACAUUCCUCUCGACACAUCCUCGGUUGCGAAACAAAAUUUGAAUAAACCUCCGGACGAACUGAUGGAACUGAGCGACAAUCAAAGUGUCCGGCAUUAUGGUGCAGCAGCAGCAGUGGUCUCGUCGUCUACCAGCAGCAAAUCGAACGAGAAUCCGUCCGCAUCAGUACAUAUCAGCAACGAGGAAGAUAAAUAUUUUGCGCUGGCAUUGGCGGGCAUACUACAACGAAUUUCCCCGCAAAAGAAGGCGUUCGCGAAAGUGAAUAUUUUGAGAUAUUUGACUGAAUUGGAAUACGGCAGAGAAGCGACAAUAAACUGAGUAUCUACGAACGUCAA